UGUAGUAAGCCACACUGGGCCAGUCGGAAAGCGCGCGAUCAGCUCGCGCACGCGCUUUUAAUACUUUAGCUGCCUCUAAAGUUUACGCGGGAAAAGUGUUUGAAGAAAAUUAUAACUUGGAAUGAUGGCAGCAGCGAAAUGCGCUCGGGCACUCACGCUUUUAGCCGCCAUGGCGGUAGCGCAUAGCCUGACCAUGGACGAAGAAGCAACGAAUGACGUUAUAGCCGCAGCGGCGUCCACUCCUCAAGACGGAGAGGUGGCGAUCCUCAUCCGUGGUCCACAUGGCACCGGCAGGAGAGAAGAACUGCUCCACGCCAAGGGAGCUGAUGAUGCUGCCAUCUCGCUUUAUUACAACCGGAAAAGCAAUAAGGUGUCCUUGGAAAGUCUUCGCGGAGGCAGUUUGAAGUCUGUUUCGUGGGGCCUAGGAUCCCACCCUCGGAGCACUUUAGUCCUAGUAGUGUACCCUGAGAGAGUACAACUCUUCGUAGGCUGCAAGCGCCUCCACUGGCACACCAUGCCUGCUACCCACAACUUACUGAAAUUGUUGGCUAAUCAGAAAUUGAAACUGUACCGUGAAGAAAACGCACCAGUAGAAAUAUAUGGAAACGAGAGAGCAGCUUUGUCAUCUUUAAGUUGCGACCGUCCAGACGAUUCGAUCAGGCCUCCAACUACGGUCGUUGUGGAUGAUGAUUCCGACAUGUUAGACGUAAAGGACUUUAUAGCGAAUAACGCUAGAAACAAGAGAGAAGAGCAGAUGCAAGGAGAUGACUACAGAACUAACUACAUUGAUGAGAACGGAGUUCUACCUCAACCGACUACGCAGAGAGGAGAUAUUCCUUCCAACGGGAUUGAAACAUGCGACGACGAAGUGAUACGCCAGUUGCAACUUCUCCGUCAGACCAUAGACCACCUUCGCCGGGAAGUGGGCGAGCAGAAGGGGACAAUAGACAACUUGCGGGCUCAGCUUCGCCAGUGUUGCCACCGUGUGCCUACUCCACCACCAGUGGAACGAUGCUCCGGAUCUUCAUGUUACCCUGGUGUGGAAUGCCGCAACACGGCCACUGGGUUCGAAUGUGGCUCGUGUCCUCAAGGCAUGGAGGGCGACGGACGCCGCUGCAGACCCAUCUCGUGCAGCAGGAGACCUUGUUCUGGUGUGGAGUACUGUAUAGACUCGGAACAAGGCUACCGCUGCGAGCGCUGUCCGGGUAGACAGACCAGUGACGGGCAGACUUGUCACUCCGCUUGCAGUUCCAACCCUUGCUUUGGAGGACGUGUGCCAUGCCAAGAUAUGCCGGAAGGAGGAUACCGUUGCGGCCCUUGCCCGAGUGGGUACCAUGGAAACGGAGAGCAAUGCCACCGGCUCGAAUGUCAACCGAAUUCUUGCUUCCAAGGAGUGGAAUGCACAGAAACUGCAUCGGGGCCCAGAUGUGGUUCAUGCCCUGAUGGGUACGUGGGUGAUGGGCAGAGGUGUCAGCAUAUCUGCGACGCCCGUAGACCUUGUGCUGAUAGAAGAUGCACUCCCACUUCAACCAGCCCCUUCUACGACUGCGAAGGAUGUCCUCAGGGCUAUGAGUGGAAUGGUUACACCUGCGUAGACAUGGAUGAAUGCGAUUUGAUUCGCCCCUGUGAUGACCUGGUGUCCUGUCGGAAUGAGGACGGCGGGUUCACCUGCGGCCCCUGUCCUAUCGGCUAUGAGGGGAGCUCGGGAUGGAGAGGAUCCGGCAACGAGCGCCGCCGGGAGCAAUGUGUAGAUGUGGAUGAAUGUGCUGAUGGCAGGGCCACCUGCCCUAGAGGACGGCUCUGUGUUAAUACCCCUGGAUCAUACACAUGCGUGCCGUGCGGUGGAAAUUACUACGUGAACACCUCGCGGCCAUGUUUCGAUGCGGACUCUCUAAUACAACGCUGUGACCCGGCGCGUUGUCGACGCUACAACGCCGUCUGUGGGUACGGCCAGAGGUGUGUCUGUGCUACCGGCUGGGCAGGUAACGGUACCGUAUGCGGUCCAGACAGGGACCUUGACGGGUAUCCCGACCAACGACUACCCUGCUCCGAGCCCCACUGCACUGCCGACAACUGUCCUGAAGUCUCCAACUCCGGGCAGGAAGACGCUGACAAAGACGGCAUUGGGGACUCAUGCGACCCUGACGCUGAUGGUGACGGUAUUGCUAAUCAUCCGGACAACUGCCCAUUAACCCCGAACCCGGACCAACUCGACCGUGAUGAGGACAGGAGCGACAAGCGAGGUGACGCCUGUGACAAUUGUCCCAGAAGAUACAAUCCUGGCCAAGAGGACGCCGACGACGAUGGACUAGGAGAUGUCUGCGAUCCCGACAUGGAUAACGAUGGUAUUCUGAACGAGCAGGACAACUGUCCUCGGGUGUACAACCCUCAACAAGAGGAUAUGGACGAGGACUACAUUGGGGAUGCCUGCGACAACUGUCCGAGGGUCCGGAACCCUUCACAGGAAGAUGGAGACAAGGAUAACGUUGGCGAUGCAUGCGACAGCGACGUUGAUAGAGACCAGGAUGGUAUCCAAGACGGUAUCGACAACUGUCCAAACUUAGCGAACAGUGACCAACAAGACGUGGACAAUGAUGGUAAAGGCAACGCCUGUGAUGACGAUGAUGACGGUGAUGGGAUACCUGACCUCGAAGACAACUGUCCUUUGGUCCACAAUCCUGAUCAGCUAGAUUCUAACGGUGACGGCAUCGGCGACAUUUGUGACAACGACAACGACGGAGACAAAGUGAUAAACGAACUGGACAACUGUCCCAACAACUCCAAAAUAUUCCGCACUGAUUUCAGAAACUACAUGACAGUCCGUCUGGACCCCGAAGGUGAGUCCCAGCAGGACCCGAACUGGGAGAUCUAUAACCAAGGGGCGGAGAUCCUGCAGACCCUUAACUCCGACCCCGGUCUGGCUGUCGGCUUCGAAAACUUUGGAGGCGUCGACUUUGAAGGCACCCUGUUCGUCGAUACCCAGAUCGACGAUGACUACGUCGGUUUCAUCUUCGGAUACCAGAACAACAAGCGCUUCUACGUAGUGAUGUGGAAGAAGAACACACAAACGUAUUGGCAGACCACACCGUUCAGAGCAGUAGCUGAACCUGGCAUACAGUUGAAACUGGUCAACUCCAAGACUGGCCCCGGAAAGACUAUGCGGAAUUCGCUGUGGAAUACCGAGUCUACCCCCGAUCAGGUAACUCUCCUCUGGAAAGACCCUCGCAACGUUGGUUGGCGCGAGAAGACCGCUUACCGCUGGCGUUUGCUGCACCGUCCGAAGAUCGGCCUGAUCCGUCUCAAGAUCUACGAGAACAACCGCCUCGUCGCCGAUUCUGGCAACGUGUAUGACUUCACCCUCAACGGCGGUAGACUCGGCGUCUUCUGUUUCUCCCAGGAGAUGAUCAUCUGGUCCAACUUGGUGUAUCGGUGUAAUGACAAAAUUCCUUCGAACAUCGUAUCGGAGCUGCCCACCCGGCUACAGAAGAAGCUUGACGUAGACCACGACUUUAUCUACGCGUAGAAAUGAAGACUAAACCUCGAAUUUUAGUUUAAAGUGCCAAAAUAUGUAAAUACAUAUUUUUUUUACAAAACUUAUGCAUUUUCUACUUUGUUUUUUUGUAAACAUAAUUUUAAGUUGUAAGCUAAUUAUAUCGAUGCAGUUUAAUAAUAAGA